CUCUCCCGGAACAAUGACACCACCACAACCACCAUGAUAACCUCAGGCUUCACCAAUGCGCCUGUUUCGCAGUUCCUUGUCUAUUCGACUGUCAUUGGCGCGCUUGCCGCUAGCUUGACAGAUACAAGGUACUAUAUUCACAUUGAGGUCGUUCCGCAUAUCUGGAACUAUGGCCAGUUCUGGAGGUUCCUGACCUGGCAGGUGUGCUAUACGAAUUCGACAGAGGUCAUAUUCGCGGUUCUGUCGUUUUACUACCUGCGCGUCGUCGAGCGACUUUGGGGCAGUCGGAAAUUCGCUUCCUUCCUCCUCUCCACCCUGCCAUACACAACACUCCUCCCACCCCUCCUCCUAACCUUCAUCCUCCGCCCUUUAACCUUUGGCCGCAUAAACCGCCUCCCGGCAGGCCCGACCUCCAUCAUCUUCGCGCUCCUCGCCCAAUACUAUGCCGCCAUACCAUACACAUAUCGCUACCGCAUUUCGCCGUUCGCGCCCAACCCCAACCCCACCUCAUCGCAAACGAAUGCGCAAGCAGCAACCUCCCUGUGGGCGAGAUCUAUUACUUUCACGUCGAAGUCAACAUCAUAUUUAUUACCGCUUCAACUCGCGUUCUCCCAAUUCCCAGGCUCCCUACUUGCUGCGGCUGUCGGUUGGGCGGUUGGCACGGCGUAUAGACGUGAUGUCCUGCCUUAUGCGUCGAGCUGGCGGAUACCUGGGUGGAUGGUCGGCGAGGAAAGGAAACGUGGGUUUGAAGGAUUGAGGGCCAGAUUGGAUGCUGAGAGGGAGAGGGAUGGUGCUGGGGUUGGUCUUGCGAGCGGGAUUUUGGCAGGGGAAACGGGAGGUGCUAACGUUAGGGGAAGAGGUGCUGCUGCAAGGAGGACGUUGGGGGAGAUGGUUGCUGAGCAGUUUAGGGGAAGAGGUUGAGAGGUGGGGAAAGGAAUUGGGAUUAUCAUGGGGUUUUGGAGGUUAGAGAAGCGUGAGUCAGGAGGUGGGGGACGAAGUCCGUCGUAGGCACUUUCAUAUCCUUAUCGAGCAUAAGAUUGUCGUGUUUUCCUCUAAGGCAGUUUGUGUCUUCAAGCUAGGGCGACGACAUCGGGUGGGGUUAUCCCUAUCCUGUCUGAAGCUGUUCCCCUAGUCACGAAUGCGCGGGUAUGUCGAUUCAGAAAGAUCGCUGAUGUCGGCCACACCGAAAAUCCCGCACGACAGGAAGCUAUUCAAUCCACCUAAGGACUAGAUAUUGGUUAGAACAUUUAAAGAAAGCUAUCAUCCC